GAGUCCAGUUUGCAUACUUUUUCUACACCCUGUGCCAGGAAAUUGGUGUCAAAUAUAUGGCUAUUUAAUCCUAUGUCCCCAAAUCAGACGGUUUUGAAAUAAAUAAUUUAAAUAAGAAAGGGUUAAAAAUCCAGUACUGUCUCAAGUAGAUCAACAGUUCACUGUAAAGGCUCUAAAAUCUUUAAAAAUUAAUAACCGAUGGACAGCUGAGUCAGAGAAUCAAUAAAUCCUAACUGUUUUUAAUGCCUGGUUAAAUACUGGGCAAAAUAUUGCCUAUAAUGAGCAUAUGAUAAGCAACAUCAGGUUGUUGCGACUAUACAUCAGAACUGUCUUGGAUUUCUAUCCAGUUUGCAUAAUCGAAACCAAAUCUUGCAUUAUACAACACAUCUUUCAGCAUACAUUCACUCUAAUGGUUUCCCAGACUAAACAACUAAACAUACAACUGCAUUAUGAUUUUAAAUUUUUAGAUUAUACAGAAGUGUCUGUCUCUCUGAACAUCAGGUUACCAGCUCAGGACAUGACUCAGAGGCGGAGGCUAUAAUUGGGCUUCGCAUUGUAAGAUGCUUAGGUUGCAUUAAGCUAAUCCCCCGGGAGCUGGCUUUGAUGGGGGCCUAGUGUUGCAGUCUACAGUUUUUCUUGAAGGAAGGAAUGCACACUGAUGGCUGUCUUUUAAGAUGGCCUUUGCUAUAGAUGGACCCAUCAAAAAGCAGUGUGACUGAACAGAUGUGUGGCAGCUGAAUGGUAGACUUCUAAUGCCAUGGAAGCUUUAGUUUGGAUUUGGAGUGUACUGUUGCUCAUGUCAGGUGCCUUGUGCGAGCAAAAUAUUACUGCUUGCACCACCAACCCGUGUCAUAACAGAGCCACAUGUGAGGACUUCCUGAGCAGCUACAAGUGCAUCUGCCUGUCUGAAAGCCAAGAUGGAGUUCUCUAUGGUGGACGCAACUGUAGUGAGCCCCUGGUGGGUUGCGAGGGCCACGAGUGCCAGAACGGGGCGGCCUGCAUGCCCUUCCUGAGCCAAGGUGUACAUGGCUACAGUUGCAUCUGUCAGCCGGGCUACACCGGCUCUUACUGCCAGACACCCACCGUAUUCUCCUUUGAGACAAUUGGAGGAUUCCUGCACCUGCAGACCCCGCUGCUGGGUGCGGAAACAUACUUUAAUAUCACGCUAAGUUUUCGCACAGUACUGAAGAACACAGUGCUCUUUCAGAGGGGCAGCGAAGGGGUCACUCUCAGCCUGGAGUUGCAGGAGACACACCUGCUUCUUGAUCUUAGGAGUGACCCUCAGCCAGACUCAACCAGCUGGACUCUGACACUGCCUAAGGAUGUAUCUGAUGGCGAAUGGCACACGGUAGAGGCCGUGCUUGGAGAGGGUACCCUGCUGCUACAACUACUGGAGCCAUGCCAGGAUGGAGGUAACUGUGGUGCAACAGCCCAAGUGGAGACCGGUGCCCUUGAGCUGGAGUCAGCCCUGCAAAGCACCUUUGUUGGAGGAUCGAAUGAGGGAGGGGGCUCUGGCUCAUUCAUUGGCUGCAUGAGGGACUUGUUUGUGGACUCGCAGCUGAUGGUACCGGAGGACUGGUUGAGCAGCUCAGUGGUAAAUGUCCUGCAAGGCUGUAGCCAUCAUGACAGAUGCCUUUCUGGUCCAUGCGAGAACCAUGGAAAGUGUGUUAACCUUUGGCAAGGUUACCAGUGCUCUUGUCUGCGACCGUAUGUGGGACAAAACUGUGCUGAGGAGUACAUUACUGCUAGAUUUGGCCAGGAAGACUCUGCAAGCUAUGCUGUCUUCACCAUCACCGACCAACUGGAAUCAGACGCACUUUAUCUGUCCAUGUUCUUGCGUACACGAAAGGAGUCUGGUCUUUUGGUACUGCUUGCCAACAACACCACUGAGUACUUGCAGAUGUGGCUGGAAAAGGGAAAACUCUUGGUACAAGUCAACAACUUGACGACUUUAAUGGGUAAAAGUGUGGUUAAUGAUGGUGAGAUCCAUUUUGUCGGCAUCACCAUUAAGGAGGGGAUGAUGACUCUGCAGGAGUCAGAUCAUGAAUUCGGAGCAACGCAUGUUCUACCUGUUUCCGUUCAGUUUGAGGAUGUGGUCUAUGUUGGCGGACUGCUUGAUGGGCAAGAGACAUCUGCCUUCGGUGGUUAUUUUAAAGGGUGCUUACAAGACUUGCAGCUCAAUGGGAGGAAGCUAGAAUUUUUCCCACUUGAUGCUUCUGUGAUGUCAUACAGACCUGACCGCAUGGUUGACGUUACCGCAGGCUGCACCAGUGAUGACUCUUGCUCUAAAAAUCCUUGCCAGAAUGGUGGCAUGUGCUUCUCUCUAUGGGACGACUUCACAUGCAACUGCCCUCCUAGCACAGCAGGGCAGCACUGUGAGGAGGUGAGAUGGUGUGAACUCACCCCCUGUCCACCACAAGCAACAUGUCGGACCCUCAACCAGGGCUAUGAAUGCAUUUCAAAUGUGACUUUUCCAGACAACACCACUCUUGUAUACCAUGGGAAUGGGCUAAUCUCCCGCCACCUGACUAGCAUCGUUUUCAGUAUCCGAACACGUAAACACAAUGCGGCAGUGUUACAUGCAGAGAGUGAGUCCGACUUUGUUACGGUAUCCAUUCAAGAUGGCUUUCUGUUGCUAGAACUUCUAAGUGGACCUUUUUCCUCAUCAUCUUUGUCACCGGUAACCCUGCGCAGCCCAAGACCAGUGGCCGAUGGAGAGUGGCAUGCAGUAGAGCUGUUAAUGGCCAGUCCCUGGGCUAACAGCUCCCAGUGGAUCAUGGUCCCUCUUGAUGAAAAGGACCAGCCUACUAUAUCUGAUUCCAUGACCGGAAAUCUAGACUUCCUCCGAGAAGGUGUCGAUAUCCUUCUAGGAGGACUUGGCCUAGAGUCUGGAUGGAAUCUGAUUGGUUGUCUGAGUAAUGUUGAAAUUGGUGGUAUUGUGCUUCCAUAUUAUGAUCCUGCCGAGGUGAGAUUCCCACGUACACAGGAAGAGAAGUUCAAUAAGAUAUCGGAGGAACCUGUCCAAACUGGCUGUGUUGGUGAGGUGAUGUGUGAACCCAACCCCUGCUUGCAUGAGGGAAUCUGUGACGAUCACUUCAACCUUUUCCAAUGCUUCUGUCUACCUGGCUGGGGCGGUGAUCGCUGCGAGCUGAAUAUAAACACCUGCGCCUCCAACCCCUGUCAACACGGAUACUGCAGUGUGCAGGACCUUUCUUACAGCUGCACAUGUGAGAGUGGCUACACCGGCACCAACUGUGAGGUUAAAGUGGACUUAUGUGCCGGUCACAAGUGUGCUAACGGCGGGACCUGCUUGCAUGGCUUCAACAGCUAUUCCUGCCUCUGUCCUGACAGGUUUACUGGGCCAUAUUGCAACACUCAGACUGAAGAGGUUCCGUGGUAUGUAGUUGUCAGGAGCGUACUGCCCAAGCUCCCGGUGUCCAUCUGUGGUGAUGAACAGCAGAACUACACUUGUUUCAAUGGGGGGAACUGUUCUGACACCAACAUGAUGUGUGACUGCCUCCCUGGGUUUUCGGGUCACUGGUGCGAACUAGAUCUUGAUGAAUGUAGAUCCAACCCUUGCUUGAAUGGCGGCUACUGCCAGAACAUGGUCAACAAGUUCCAGUGUAUCUGUGAAAUGACCUUCGCCGGCGAGACCUGUGAAGUCGAUGUAAGCGACAUUUACUUUUACAUGGCAGCUUUAUUUUGGCAAAACCUCUUCCAGUUUCUCUCCUACCUCAUUCUUCGCUUAGACGAUGAACCUGAGGUAGACUGGGGUGACAAUGAGUAAACAGGUCUUUGGUGAAAGCUACAGUAGGAAAAGGGCUGAUGUAAUUGUUUUCUACACAGGUUUAAUAAGCUGGAAUGGUAGAUAAUUGAAAUUAAUAUAUAUUUAAAUGUAAUUCAAGUAUUUAUCAAGUAAGUAAAUGUAUUUGUAAACAUGAAUUUGUUAAUUUGUUAGUUUGGGAAAAACAAUGUGCAAGGGCUCCGUUAUUUACUGGAUCAGGCCAGAUGACGUAUCAGUGAAACCGCUUCGUGCCUUAAGAUGACACGGUUUCAUAAACAACACUGUCUCUAAUCCAAAAAUUCCUUUUUACUGUACUUUAUGCAGUCCAAGUGAGAAUCAUAGACUGAUUUCAGGGAAAAUCAUUUUGAAAAUACUUUUGUGUGCUUUGUGUUUUUAAGUUUAGCAUUAUAUAGAAUUUGUACAUAAUAAUUAAUAUAACAUGAAUAAUACUUCUAAUAAUGAUUAUAAAACCAGGG